AUGGCUGCUCACGUGGGAGCCUCCCGAACGCCUCAGGAGGUGAUGGAGCACUACGUGAGCAUGUAUAUCCACGGCAACCUGGGGAAAGCCUGCAUCCCUGACACGAUUCCGAACAGGGUGACGGACCACACGUGUCCCAGCGGCGGCCCGCUUUCCCCUAGCUUGACCACGCCGCUCCCUCCGUUGGAUAUAUCGGUGGCCGAACAGCAGCAGCUGGGAUACAUGCCGCUGCGGGAUGACUACGAGAUCGAAUAUGAUCAGGACGCGGAGACGCUGAUCAGUGGCCUUUCGGUGAACUAUGAUGACGAUGACGUGGAAAUAGAGUUAAAAAGAGCCCACGUGGACAUGUACGUGAGGAAACUCAAGGAGAGGCAACGGCGGAAGAACAUCGCGCGAGACUACAACUUGGUACCGGCCUUUCUGGGGAAGGAUAAAAAGGACAAGGAGAAAGCUCCCAAACGAAAGAUCACGAAAGAAGAGAAGGAGCUGAGGCUGAAGCUGAGGCCUCUGUACCAGUUCAUGUCUUGUAAGGAGUUUGAAGACUUCUUUGAGAACAUGCACAAGGAGAGGAUACUUCGAGCAAAGAUUCGGGAGCUGCAGCGGUAUCGUCGCAAUGGAAUCACCAAAAUGGAAGAGUCGGCAGAGUACGAGGCAGCCAGGCAUAAACGGGAAAAGAGGAAGGAGAACAAAAACAUAGCUAGUUCCAAGAGAGGGAAGGAAGAUGGUAAAGAAGGUGAAUUUGCUGCCAUUGAGAAUCUGCCUGGCUUUGAACUCUUAUCGGACAGGGAAAAGGUGCUCUGCAGCUCUCUGAACUUGAGUCCUGCACGUUAUGUGACUGUAAAAACAAUAAUCAUUAAAGACCAUCUCCAAAAAAGACAAGGAAUUCCCUCAAAGAGUCGCCUUCCCAGUUACUUAGAUAAGGUACUGAAGAAAAGGAUUUUAAACUUUCUAACAGAAAGUGGUUGGAUAUCCAGGGAUGCUUCAUGAAAUUCAGCUAAUUGGAAAAAACGCAGCAGAGGCCCCU